CGUCUCCAUCUCCAAAUAAAGAGUACUUGUUUUUCAGUUUUGAUUUGAUCACUUGGAUUUCUGCUGCUACCAUGGCCGCCGGACAACGGACGCUGCUGCUCCUCGUCGCCGUGCUCAUCGCGGCGGUCUCCGUGGCGCUGGCCGACGACGCCAAGCCGACGAUCCUGACCCCCGUGGCGAACACCCCGCUCGGCUCCUUCGACGGUGACUCGCCGGCGGCCGACAACGCCUUGGACGACGAGGAAGCCGCGCCCGUCGGGGCACCCAUUGGCACCACCAUGACCGAGCCCAAGCCCGAGCUCACCACCACGCCAGGAGGCGGCGCCGGAGAGGCGGCCGGCGCCAGCGCUGCCUCUUCCCUCGCCGUCGCCACCCACAUCGGCGCCGCCGCAGCGUUCGCCGCCGGCGUGUUCGCCUUCUGAGGCGAGGGGUGUCAGCUCGCCGUGGAGCGAGAGAAAUCUCCGUGUUUGUGUCAAAUACUGACAUUUUGAUUCUUAUAUACACAUACAAGUAAAUAUGAGGCAUAUAUACAUACAUACAGCAGUGUUAAAUUGAUGAUGUACAAUUUUCAGUUUUUCCAUCCUUGUACGAUAACGAGCAAACAAUUAAAAAAGUUUGUCUCAAUUUCUUUCAUGUAACAUGGCACCGUGCAUUUCGUGAUUAA